AUGUUUCGCUUCCGCCGGUAUCGAGUCUACCUGAUCUUCUCUAUCAUCUCAAUUCUUGCCAUUAUCCAUUUCUCUGGCUUUGGCGGCCUCUCGACCUCCUCGUAUGCGCCGCCCGUCCCUGUCCUGAGGCCCGACAGCCCCAAGCAGCCGGCCCAGCAGCCGCAACAACCACAGCAACCACAACAACCUCAACCGCAGCCUCCAGUCAAGGACGAGAAUAAGCAGAAACCGAUACCGCCUCCUGCUCCGCCAGUGCCUGAAAAGGGUCAACAGGGCCAGCAAGAUGGCGGUGGUGUCAAUCCGCCGCCUCCUCCUCCUCCUGUAAAAGAAACGCCGCCGCCAUCACCGCCGUCGCCAGCCGUACCCGCACCUCCAGCCAAUGUACCGAGCAACAACGGACACGAUCUACCUGGUGGGAAGGGCAGACAAGAAGACGAGGACGGAGAUGGCUCGGAGACAAGCUUGCCUCGAUGGGAGAAGCAGCCUGAACACUUCCCCGUUCCGUCGGAGGAUGUCAUCCCCUUACCAAAGGGGACUCCCAAGAACCUGCCCAAAGUCCAGUUCAAGUUCUCCCCUGAAUCCGCCCUAGCGAAAGACGAACGCGAACAGAAACUUGCCCGGAUCAAAAACUCGUUGAAACAUGCCUGGGAUGGAUACAGACAACGUGCUUGGAUGCAUGAUGAAGUGCGGCCUCAGUCGGGCGGAUACAGAGACCCCCUUAUGGGCUGGGGUGCUACGCUGGUUGAUUCUCUGGACACGCUCUGGAUAGCUGGGAUGAAGGAGGAGUUUGAAGAGGCCGUGCGGGCCGUUGGCAAGAUCGACUUCAAGACCAGCAGGAGGAAGGAUGUUCCCUUGUUCGAAACCGUUAUUCGCUAUCUCGGUGGCCUCAUUGGUGCAUAUGACAUCUCAGACGGCCGGUACGGGACUCUGCUUGACAAGGCCAUCGAGCUUGCGGAGAUCCUGAUGGGUGCGUUUGACACCCCAAACAGGAUGCCGGUCACCUACUACAUUUGGUCUCCGAAAUUUGCAUCCCAGCGUCACCGCUCGGGCAAGAGGGUUGUCCUGGCUGAGCUCGGCUCGAUGUCGAUAGAAUUCACUAGACUGGCCCAGAUCACUGAGAACAACCGCUACUAUGAUGCGAUAGCGCGUAUCACAAAUGCCCUUGAGAAAUGGCAGCCUGAGACAAGCGUGCCUGGCCUCUGGCCUUCGUUCCUGGACGCUUCAGGGUGUAAACCCCUACCAAGAAAGCAGAGACCGCAACAGCAGAUUCCAGACUUUCCACCAUCCAGCCCGGGUGCUCCUGGGUCCUCGUCGCAGCAACAAAGACCACAGCAAGACAACGCCGGUCUUGGGAAGCGAGAUGGAGACACUUUGCUUCCAGGAGAAGAGCCUGCGAAUUAUGGAGGCACGGUGGCCUCGUUGCCCAAAGUCGAUACAGCUCCCCCUCUCAAGCUGGAUAUACCCGAGGACAAGCCAUGGCAGCGACCUGAGACCGAAUUCGAAGAGCACUGCGAAGAGCAGGGCCUGGCAUACCCACCCGGUGUAGUCAGUGCAACGUACACCUUGGCUGCCCUCGCAGACUCGGUCUAUGAGUAUCUUCCAAAGACAUAUGCUCUCCUAGGUGGUCUAAACGACCAGUAUAAAAACAUGUACAAGCUAGCCAGGGAUGCAACUCUGAAGCACAUUGCUUUCAGGCCCAUGCUUCCAGACUCCAGGGACAUCCUCUUUAUCGCAGAUACCACCACAUCCACCACAGCGGGAGACGGGCGGGGUUUCGACUACAAAUACCAUCCCUCACAUCUUGGCUGCUUCGUCGGGGGUAUGUUUGGACUUGGAUCCAAGCUCUUUGGCCUGGAGGAAGACCUUGAAAUUGCGAAAAAGAUGACCGACGGCUGCGUCUGGGCAUACAAUGUUACCACGUCCCAAAUCAUGCCCGAGGCCUUUGCAGUGCUUCCAUGCAAGGAUAUGCAAAAUUGCAAAUGGAAUCAGACCGCAUACAACCACGCUGUCUACCCGUAUAAUCAUAUGCAGCAACACAGCCCAGACUCCCUUAUUGGCAUGAGAAAUGCAGGCGAUGCUACCGUGAAGAAGCCAACUGCCAUUAAUAAAGCCGAUGCUAGCACAUCGACAACGCCACUAUCCCCCAAGAAACAAGGCCUGGGCCGUCCUCAGCAGACUCAAUAUCCCACUGCUGGAGGCAAGUUUGCCAAACGAGGAGAUACACGCGAAACGCCUAUCCCUGACCGCAUCAUCGGGGAUCCGUCCAGACCGGUUCCGGGUGGAGCGGCAGUACCUACAUCCACCUCCAUGUCGCACGCACAGCUUGUUGAUAAGCAUAUCAGGGACGAGCGCAUCCCUCCAGGUAUGACGAAAGUCAACUCGGCGAAGUAUAUCCUUCGCCCCGAGGCGAUCGAGUCGGUCUUUAUCAUGUAUCGCAUUACCGGCGAUGAAGCCUGGCGGGAAAAGGGCUGGGAGAUGUUCAAGGCCAUUGAGCGCGCCACACGGGUUGACUACGGACACUCCGCCAUUCGAGAUGUCACGAGCGAAGAGCCUGUUUUCCAGGACGAAAUGGAAUCCUUUUGGAUAGGCGAGACGCUCAAAUAUUUUUACUUGCUUUUCAGCGACCCGGGUGUCGUUAGCUUAGACGACUACGUUCUGUAA